AUGGAGUCAUCCAAACCGGUAGAUUUUCACCAGCAUGUAAAUUUACAUACAAAAACUUUAAAGUUAUGUGGUGUUUGGUUCUUCAUACCAUACCCUACGACAUCAAUCUGGUUUUGGCUGCACAUUUUGAUUCGGGUGUUGUAUGCCAUCUUUGUUUUUACUAUACCACCAAUAGGACAGAUGGUUUAUGUCGUGAAAUUAUUCGCUUCGGAAAAUCGUGAGAUUCAGCGUAUUGCUUCAAGCAUCAACUUGGUCUUAACCGAGCUGUACGUUUCCUUCAAGCUCUUUAACAUGUUCUGUCAACGAAACCUGAUCACCAACUUGAUAGAUCAGCUCAACAAUGUCGAUUUCAAUCGGUCUACCCACAGAGAAGUUCUGGAACAUGCCAUCAAGUUAUCUAAGACUCUUUACUGGACGUUCUUCGUGUGCUGUAACUCGGAUGUAUUUAUUCACAUCCUGGUGGUGCCAAGUUUAAACAGAUUCCAAGCUUUGCCCGUCAACAUGGACCUCAUUUUUGUGGACGUUAAUGAGCCGCCAUAUUUUUACUACACUUGUUUUUACCAGAUUAUAUACAAACCACCGAUAGUAGUACUAUGUAUUGUGCUGCAAACAUUACCCUGGUCUUUGUUGUCAUUCGCAAUUGCUCAAUUGGAUAUUCUUAUUGACAACUUCAAGAAUAUGGAGACGCUUGUGAAGACGACCAUGGUUGAGAGGAAGGGCGGCAAAGAUGAUGCCUUCAGAGUUCUGUUUCACCGUUUUAUACUACACCACCGCGCUAUUAUAAGGUUUGUAACCACCGCAGAGAAAGCGUUUGGCGGUCAGUUUGCCUUGACUUUGUUAUUGAGCUCCUGUAUUAUUUGCACAACUGGCGUGCAGUUCCUUUCGAUUGAAUCCCCAUCCAAGGAUAUAAUCGCCGUGUGUUGGAUAGUGGCCUACAUGGUCAUUUUUGCCUUGAUGUUGUUUGGUGAUUGCUACUUUGGGAAUGUCAUUCACGAUAAGAGCACAGAAUUCGCGACGGUCGCGUACAGCAGCCCUUGGCUGGAGAUGCCUCAAGAUCUGAAGAAGAACCUGGUGCUCGUGAUAACCAGAGCCCAGAAGCCUCUGGCCUUGACUGCCUACAACCUCGUCACUGUAUCGCUACCCACCUUUACCACGGUAAUGAAUUUCACGUACAAAGCCUUCGCCGUUAUGAAUGGGAUGAAGUAA